UCCUCCCCUCCCCACCCUCCCCCCUCCACAACUGCUAUAUCGUUGGUCUCAGAUCCGACCGUACGGUUCUCUUCACAUUCAAGAUGUUCUCCCGUGCUGUUCGUCCGGCCGUUCGCGCUGGUAGCAUUGCGGUCUCCCGCACUGCUCCUCCCAACGCCGCCAACUUCGCGACUCUGCGUGAAAUCGAGGGCCGUCUCAAGUCCAUCAAGAACAUCGAGAAGAUCACCAACACCAUGAAGGUCAUCGCCUCUACCCGUCUGACCCGCGCCCAGAAGGCCAUGGAGGAGUCCCGCAGCUACGGUCAGACCUCCAACACCGUUUUCGAGCAGGCUGAGACCAAGCCUCUCGAGGACAAGAAGACUCUGUUCGUCAUCGCCAGCUCCGACAAGGGUCUUUGCGGUGGUAUCCACUCCGGUCUCAGCAAGGCCACUCGCCGUAUGCUCCAGCAGACUCCCAACGCCGACAUUGUCGUCCUCGGUGAGAAGGCCAAGGCUCAGCUGUCCCGUACCAACCCCAACGCCAUCGUCCUGAGCUUCGCCAACGUCUGCAAGGACGUCCCCACCUUCGCCGAUGCUCAGGCCAUCGCCGACCAGAUCUCUCUGCUCCCCGAGGACUACGCCAGCGUCAAGAUCAUCUACAACAAGUUCCUGAACGCUCAGAGCUACGAGCCCGCCACCGUCGAGGCUUUCUCCGAGGAGGCUAUCACCCAGUCCCCCAACCUCUCUGCCUACGAGACCGAUGAGGAGACCCUGACCAACCUCCGCGAGUACGCUCUUGCCAACAGCUUGUUCUGGGCUCUUGCCGAGGGUCACGCCUGCGAGAUCUCUGCCCGCCGCAACGCCAUGGAGAACGCCUCCAAGAACGCCGGUGAGAUGAUCAACAAGUUCCAGAUUCUGUACAACCGUCAGCGUCAAGCCGCCAUUACCAACGAGCUGGUCGAGAUUAUCACUGGUGCCACCGCCAGUGCGGACAUGUAAAAGCUUUUCUGAAGCUUUUGUGGGGAGGAGUCACCAUAUGUGUAGACUUACUCAUAAAUACCUAGAUACUUUCCAGCCUGUAAAAUCUAUCCUAUCUUUUCUUUGUCCUGUGAGAUGAAUGAAGUGAAUCAACCAUCCUAUCCAGAGUUUGAUGUCUUGGAACGGUACAAUGCUGUCGUUGUAUUGACACUGUCAGGGUGAGUACAAUGCGGAAGCCUUGAAUUCACUUCGGGUAUCUAUUAUCUCAUCGACAUACACACUGCAC